AUGUCUUCAAAAGAGAAAAUUGAAAAUAAUAAAGUGUUUAAUAGAAGAAGAAAAGCACAAAAACAAUAUGAAUGUGUAAAACUUAUGAAUCUUGAUGAAUUAGGUCAAUCUUUAUCUAAUAUUAAAAAAGUAAUAAAACCCGAAUAUACAAGUCCAGAAAUUAGUGGCAAAGAAAAUGAAAAAGAUCUUUGCGAACUAAUUCAAAAACUCAAUCAAGAAAAUGAAAAAAAAGAAAGAUCUUCAAAGCGUCAGAAAAAACACAAAGGUAGUCUAUCUACAUUACGUAUUGAAACCCAUUUAUCUGUUGCUCCUAAUUCAGAUGAUGUUAAUGAUGGUAUUUGGCCAGCCUGGGCUUUACCAGAUAAUCGUGAUGAUGCUGAUCAUGACUUCGAAUCUGAUAAUUAA